GAUUCAGACCUGGUUCGCCGUCUAGGGUUUUUUGUAAAACGGGAAAAGCUCCAUUGCUAGCAAUGUAUGCCCUUCGCUGAAGAUGGAAAAUCCAAACCCUCCUCCUUCGCCGAUAGGAUUAGAGCCCGCUCCUAAAAAGCAGAAGAUGUCCACCACCACGACCUCCGACGAUGAAGAAUUUGACCCAGCCGUCCCCGCCGCAGACGGAGGUGCUCCACCGGAACGGAAACCCAGGUACAAGCGCCGCAAAGUCGCAAUUUUCUUCGCCUAUUGCGGGGUUGGAUAUCAGGGGAUGCAAAAGAACCCCGGGGCGAAAACCAUAGAAGGGGACCUCGAAGAAGCUCUAUUUCACGCCGGCGCCGUGCCGGAGCAAGACAGGGGCCAGCCUCGGCGGUAUGAUUGGGCUCGCUCAGCUCGGACUGACAAGGGUGUGAGCGCCGUAGGUCAAGUCAUCUCGGGUCGGUUCUACACUGACCCGCCUUGUUUCAUCGACCGCAUGAACUCGAACCUCUCUCCUCAGAUCCGGAUCUUCGGUUACAAGCGAACGACGGCAUCGUUCAGUGCUAAGAAGUUCUGUGAUAAGCGGAGGUAUGUUUACUUAAUCCCUGUUUUCGCUCUGGACCCUUCUGCUCACCGCGACAGGGAAACUGUUCUUGCUAGUAUGGGAUCUGGAAAUGAACUUGUGAAGUGUGUAGAGUGUUCAGAAAGAGGACGUAAAGUUGAAGGUGUAAUGGGUAAACGAAGCUUCGAUUCAAAGAAUGAGCAAAAUGGGGCUUCAUCUGAUUCGGGCAUUUUGUUGAACACAAAGAACUCCCCCCUCCAUUCUGUAGAAAAUGGUGAUGAUGCUAGUUAUCCAUGUUCUGAAACUGAGAAAAAACUAGAAAGUGUUACUCCUCAAGAGGAGAAUGAUGAAGCUACAGACACGAAUGGUGCAAAGGGAGAUGACAAAGACACUUUAGCCACAAAAAAGACGGAGUUUUCUUUUGGAGAUCUUGAGAAAGACAAGUUUAACAGAAUUCUUAAGUACUACGAGGGAACACACAACUUCCACAAUUUCACAACAAGAAUAAAAGCUGAAGACCCAUCUGCAAAGCGAUACAUUAUCUCUUUUGCUGCAGACACCACAGUUAAUGUUGAAGGCAUUGAGUUUGUUAAGUGUGAGGUGGUUGGACAAAGCUUCAUGCUUCAUCAAAUCCGUAAGAUGAUAGGUCUUGCUGUGGCAAUCAUGAGGAAUUGUUCUUCAGAGUCUUUGAUUCAAACAGCUUUCCGCAAGGAUGUUAAUAUUAAUGUGCCUAUGGCUCCCGAGGUGGGAUUGUAUUUGGACGAGUGCUUCUUCACAUCAUAUAACCAAAAGUGGGAAGAUCACGAAGAACUGUCAAUGAAAGAUUAUGCAGGUGAGGCAGAGGACUUCAAAAUGAAGCAUAUUUACACUCAUAUUGCAUCAACAGAGCACAAGGAAGGAGUGAUGGGUCUCUGGCUACAUUCUCUGAACUACCGUAACUACCCUGAUUUAGCUUUUACAGAGCACGAAAAAACCGUGGAUUCAAAAAGUGAAGAAGGUGCAAAUAUGAAAAACGGGACAGAAAUUGGUUCAUGUGAAAAAACUGUGAAUGAUAAUGCUACUGCUGUAGGUGAUGAUGUGGCACGCUCGUGUCAUAUGAACAAGGCUGAUGAAUUGGACAUUAAAACAGUUCAAGCUGCAGCUAUUGUUGAUUCACUUGCUGGGAAGCCUGGCAUUUCUGCAAAUGCCGAAACCGCUUAGGGCGUGUUUGGUUUGUAGGGAGGAGAUGUAUCUCUCUUCCUCUCUAGCUGAAAAUAUUUGGGGCAGUGGUUCAAGUUUCUCAAUUCAUCACUUCCCUCCCUCUGAAAGCAGAACCAAACAAACUCUUUGGGGGGACGUUUGGUUUCGUUGGGUGUAAGCUACCAGAGGUAAUAUACCUGAAUUGCAUCAUUUAUUUCGGUUGUGGUUCAUGUUAUUGCCUUUGAUGUUUGAAGUUGUACCUAACACCCAACUUAACAUUUGCAUGCUUUUGAUGGAAUGCGUAAUACCACCCAAAUUCUUGGAUGAUUAAGAACUCCUUUUUUAUUUACCGUACAAUAGGUGGAAAUUCAUGUUUGAGAACAAAUAAUUUGAGCCAUCAAAAAUAUUGAGUAUUUACAUUCUUCACAUUUUGACAGCUCAUAUUUGUACAACUUAUAAAUACUCUUAGUUGACUCCCUCAGCAGUCAGCCCCGAUUUGUUCGUUCAGUUUGCUUUUGGCAUAUAAACAAGGAGAAUAAUUUAAGUUGGAGAUGUGACCAUAAUGUUCUUGAUUUUCCUGUUUUACAUUUUGGAUAGUGGCUACAUGCUAUUUAGUACGGAGUAAAACACAAUGUAAUGAAUAGAGUUUGCAUUU